GUGGAUGGGGUCGCAUCCAGCUGCCUUUUUACUGUGGUGGAUGGGCAUUCAGGUCCAUCGUGUAGCCACGUGCUUGCGUGGUCUCUUUUAGACUACGUGGCCGCCGCUUGUCUAGAUUCUGCCAAGCUGACCGCAGCUUUGAACUAUUGGGCCUCCCCACUAGCCGCCACAGGUCAGCCUUACCACCUGUCAAGGCGACUUGAUCUGUUCGAGCCUUCCACUGGACGUCGAUUGGGCCAUGCAGCUAAUUCGCCUGGACCAGAGUUGCGUACGCAUCUUCGUAAUCGUUUACAAGCCUACAUGCGUGAGCUAGUUUCACGGCCACACCGAAGUAGUAUUGAAAGCUAG